CCGCAGCCCGCUGUCGAUGUGUGCUCGAUGGUCUGGCACAGCAGCGAUAGAGACGAGACGCAGAUGUAGGCUGGCAGCAGGGCGAUAUGCUCCGGUCCAAUCGCGCUCAUACUGCCCCGCUCGGGUGCGACGAGAAUUGCGGAGACACGGAGGCUCGAGCGGCAGCAAGCGCUGUUGAGCAUGCUCGCCGAGCGGCACGGGCGCAGUGGAGCAUGUCUCGAUUCGGCAUCGUGACAUGCGCCCGUCGCUGUCGCACUCUGUUCCACACCGCGCAGGACAGAGGAAGGGCAUCGCGACGCCCGUGCGUGCCAUGCGGGCGCGCGCUUGGGCCUCUCGCGCGCGCCCGUCGUCCUUUCGCACGCCCAUCCAAGCCCGCGCGCUCUCCGCUCCCGCACUGCUAUGCCGCGAACGCAUUGCCGAGAGAUCGUACGGCAGAUCCAAGCGCAAUGCAAGCAGCCGUACGGCAGCCGGCUCUCAUGCGUCCCGCGUCCCCCCCCUGCGCGACUGCGUUGUCGCCGCCCAUGCCAUGUCGAGCGCGCAUCGCAGCGGGGUGACGAACAUGGAUCUCAGCGAUGUGCGUCCGCACGUCCGCGCCCCUGUGAAGCGCCACGCAUAGGCCUCUCGGCUGCAGCUCCAUCUCUGCACCCUGAGCAGCUAGACUUACGGAACGCCUCUAGGGCGUCCGACGCGGUGCCCGCUGCGCUUGCGGCAUACUCAUCCCGGCGCCGCGAUCAGAGCGCCGGCAGCGCACAGAUGUGCGCCAGCCCACCACGCAGAUGUCUGUUGAGAGCAUACAUACCUCGGCCCUUUCCCUCAGGCAUCCCACACAAGACUGCCGGCCUCGUGAUCCCGCCAGGGUCC